GUGAAGAAGCAUUUGAAGAGUACUAUGGUGGUUUGGGAAGACUGUAGCUUUGUUAAUGUUGCCACAUGGAGACACUAACUGUACCUGUCUUGGAUCAUCCUCUUCACGCUUGUACUGCUCGAAUUGGCAACAGUGCUCCUCUGUCAAACAAAACAAUGCAAAUGGCAGCCGGGUCGGGUCGGCGGAGAAGUGGGAUGGCAAUCCUCCACCAAUUUCAUUUUUUUUAUUUUUUUUAUACUGGUUAUUUGAUCAUCCUGUAUUCUAUGGUAACAUAUUAUAAGACAGCUAUGGACUACGAAGGAUCAUAAAGAAUAAUACAAAAGACGAAGAGGCAGACCAAAUGGGGGAUGAACCGAUGGACACAGCCGCCGGAGGGAGGGGAGACGAGAUGUGCGGCGGCCUGGAGGAUGAGCAUGUUGCCUUGAGCACCAGCAUCAGCCAGCUGCUGGAGCUGCCGCCCCACGGCGAGGACACAGCCGUGGCGGUGCCCCCUGACCCCCCAGACCUCUCGCCGGGCAUCACACACAAGGUGAAUGGUGCGGUGGUGCGCCGCGUGUCCUACCACGGAGCUGCUGGGAAGCACGCCCUCCGCCAGCAGGCCCGGAGACGGCGUCGCAACACCUCCAUCGCCGCCGGCAAUUCCCCACCAAUCACACGCGUCACCAUGAAGACUGUGGCCGCCACCUCCCCAAACCCUGCCGCUUCCCAGCCAGUCCAGCCCGCCACCACCACCACCACCACCACCACACCUCCCACCACCACCACCAUCACAACCUCCUCCACCACCACCACUACCACCACCACCGUCAUCACACUGACAACCUCCGCCGUGACAGCAGCAAACACCACGGGCAACACCUUAUGCAGCGGCUCGUCCACGGUGCCGGCACUGUUACCUCAGCUCUCCGAAGCGUGCCCGGCCUCGGCCUCCACCACCCCCUCGCCUCCCAUAUGCAGAAUAAGUAACAAAAUGGCACACUCGCCCAACCAGCUGUCCGGAACAAGACUCAGCAGCAAAACUUGCCUGUCGAGUUCUUAUCACCCAGUGCUGGGAACGAGGGUCAGCUCUCGGAUAGCUAACAACGCAGCGACGAGUGGACUCAGCCACCCCAGCUCUGGUUCCCCGUAUUUGACCGGCAUGACCCAGGGCGGUGCUUUCCCCAACAUGACCUCAGGCAUGCAAGCUUCCCGAGUGGUGCGCAUCCCGGCCUGCCAGUCGUCCCCGUCAUCGCGCGACGCCUCCUCCCCUUCCAUGACCACCAUGCAGACUUACCUUGCCGGCAUCCCAGGUUUCAAGCCUCGCAAAAGGUCGCAGCGCAAGCUCUCAGCAGCGGCCCAGCUGGCCCAGACUAAAGAGGGAAAUGUGGACCUGGAGACGCCGGACUCCAUCCUGGCCGGCGUCAACGUGCGGGCCAUCCUCAACAAGCACACUUUCAGCACCCUACCGCCGGCAUACCAGCACCGCCUCAUCCAGCUCCUGCCCCUGGUGGACCAAGCCGUGGGGCCCGACGAUGCCUUCAAACUUUCGACCACCAGCCUCAACAAUGAGUUCUUUGGCCGGGCGUGCGAGUCCUGGCGGUGUCGUCUCGGGGAGGGAGAGUUUACGCAUGAUAAUCAAAUCAAGCUGAAAGUCGAGGCCGAGAAGGAACGCACAAAGCUAGACCCUUGGAAGGUUGCCCACUUUGAGCCACUGUGGGGAGUCAAACAGCCCUGGUGCAGCCUGGAAGGGGAGGGGAGCAUGAGCAGCCCCUCCUCCCCCUCGGGUGACACAUUCCCCGCCUCCCCCCCUGACCUCUCAUGCACCUCCCCGGCCUUCACGUCCACCUUCACACCGGCCCAUAUACACCAGCUAUCCAAGGUCGUCAAGCACAUCGCCAGCCGGGACCAGCGGAGGGCCGAGAGAAGGGCCGCCAGAAGAGCUCUCAGGCAAAACAAGGCUCUGUCGGAGCUUAGAGUUUCUUCGACUGGUCCUUUGGUGCUGUCUUCCAUCGCGAGAAGCUCCUCCUCCUCCUCAUCUUCUUCCUCCUCCUCUUCAUCCUCCUCCUCAUCCUCGUCCUCCUCCCCCCAGUUCCUUCCCCGUUCUGUUGUCGCACGCUCCUCCUCUUCACCUGCAUCUCCAUUCAUCGCCACCUCCUUCCCUUCUUCCAUCACUCUGUCGCCUGCAUCAUCAUCGUCAUCGUCAUCAGUGCCACCAAGCCUAUCCUCUCUGACCCCCACUCUGGCGCUCUCGUCGGCAGCGGUGGUGUCAGUCUCCUCCUCCUCGUGCAUGCCCAGUUCUGUCAUCGCUUCUUUAUCAUCACAGUCAUUAUCGUCAUCAUCGCCUUCAUCAUCUUCAUCGUCGUCGUCGUCAUCCGCAUCCUCGCUGUUAUUACCAUCAUCAUCAGGGGCUGCUCUGGGGUCCUCUGUAGUGCUUCCUGAGCCUGUUCUGUCAUCAGCAGGGUUGUUAGAGGCAUCGCUGAUAUGUCAUCCUGUACUAUCAUCAUCAUCAUCAUUUUCCACAUCCUCAUCAACAACAGCAGCAACAGCAUCAAUAUUAGCAACAACAGCAACAGCAACGGUUUCUUCCUCCUCCUUCUCCUCUUCCUCGUCAUCAGCGUCAUCAGUAGCAGCUGCAUCAGUCCCAGCAUCACCUUUAUUAUUAUUUUCAUUAGCAUCAUCAUCGGCAUCAUCAGCAUCUGCAUACCAGCCCGACUCCUCUUCAGCACUGUCCAGCUCCCUGUCCUCCCCCUCGGCCGUGCUACUUCCCGUCUCCUCCUCGGUGAUUGCAAGUCCCGUGUGUGUCGUGUCAUCCUCGGCUGCUGUGACUCCCGGCUCGGUGACGCUGAUUCCCAGCAAGAGUAGCCUACACACACUACCCAUUGGGAACAGUUCAGUAAUAGCUGUGAGUGACAAGAAUGCAGUGCAGACUCAGAUCAUGACCAUUGAUCAAGCUGGAAUCUCAGUGGAAAGCUCAAAGAGGAAGGAGCCUAUGCCCGUCACUUUGUCAAACCCUUCAAAGAAACUAUGUGUGACCAAUCCUGAUCAGGCAAACUGUAGUGUUCCGGUGUCUGGGAACACUGUACACUUUGCUCAAAAGAAACAACCCACUCACUUGAACCCCCUUGUGGAGACUCCUCAGUCCAAGGUUCCUGUCACCACUGUCAUUGGGUCCUUGCGGACUUCACCAAAUGGUGCAAAAGUGCUUGCCUCCCCGGUAGUCUCUCAGGCCAAGACCCUGUGUCCCGGCAAGCCGGCGGCGGUGCUGCUUGCUGCCUCUUCAUCCCAGUCGUUUGCACCUGCUGGCCAGCCCCCCUCCUCUCCAGCGUCCAGGACUUCCCCAGGCAUGAGAGUGUCUCCGGGGCCGUCGCCCUCGCCGUCGAGGCUGUCCCCAGUGGUGCAGGUGGUGUCCCCCUCCCUGGCCGGGACGCUGGCCACUAGUCCUGCUGGUGCCAAGACCGUCGUGGUCACGGGGCCAUCCAAGGCAACAGAGAUGGAGGCUUCGAUUGGCCAGGCCAUACGGAGCAAUGUACAAACACUGUGUUGCACCUCAGCUGUUAGUGGAGCUCAAAAGAUCAAGGCUGUUAAAACAUUGGCACAGAAUGUGGCGACAGGUGGGACCAUCGUGAAGGUGACCAAAAGUAGAACUCCAGGCAUGGUCAACAUUCAGAGGUCGUAUGAAAUAGUUCAAGCCGUCAUCGCCAACAGUCCAAACCGAGACCAGUUACAAGCCCAACUCAAGUCCCCGGCAUCACUGCUCGCUGAGGUCAAGCCCGCCUUGAAUAACCCUGGUGUAAACUCUGCUUUGGUUGUCAACAGCACCAACUCUGGCCUCAGCACACCCAUCAGUAGUGGCCAGAAUCAUUGUAACAGUAAUCUAGUGAUGCAGACAGCCCCACAGCUGCAAACCUUUACUGUGGUCAAAGCUGUAGCCACCAAUAGCAGCAGCAGCACUAGCAUCAGCAACAAUAACAUCAGUAGCAGUAGCAGCAACAACAACAUUAUCAACAACAGUAGUAGCACCACCAUCACUCCUGUCCAGGCAGCCCAAGUAAUGACCAGUGUCCCGCGCACCAUGAAACAAGUGGCCGUCACCAUAGACAGCACCUCGGGUACGGUGACACCAGUCCAGGGGGUUCCUACCUCUGCCGGGGCGCUGGUGCUCCGCCAGCUGAUGACACCUCAGCUUGCUGCCUCUCAGCCUGAGGGUGUCGAGGGCAGCAUGGCUCCUCCUGUUGCCUCCUCAAGACCCAUCACUAUUUUCCGCCCCGCAACAUCUGGUCGGCCCAUCGUGGUGAGGAUGCCUGUGUCAGGACUGCAGGUGUUAAGGCUGGGUAGCAGGACCAACACCAAUGGUGAGUGUAACAAUGGUGUUGAUGGUAGUGGUGGCCAGCAACAACAGCAGCCGCCCAGAGCAGCCAGCGCCCCGCCGGACAAGAGUGGGGUCAUGGUGGCCCUGUCUCCCCGACCAUCCAGCGUGGGGCCCAGAAUUGUCGUACAGACCAGCAGUGCUCAGGUAUCACCUGCCAGCAUUCUCAGUUCAGCUGGACAUUUUUUAUCCGAAGGUGACCCCAGUUCAGGUGUAAGUAGCUGUGACAACAGUCAGUUGGUCACAACACGGGCUGGGGCAUCUGAUUCACUUGUAAUUUCAUCUGAUAAUUCUGUCAGCAUUCCUGAUAAUAACCACUCCUUUGUCAUUAGCACAGCCAACAGUGUGAAAAGACCUGCCGUGAACGUGUCUGUUGGAGUGAGUGUGAGUGGGGUGGCAGCGGCCCCCGGCACAGCAAGCACCAACACAGUGUUGAGUAGUCCUUGUGUGCAGGCACAGUCACCCAUGCAGCAGCAGCAGAUGCAGCAGCCAGUAUCCCAACAGCCCUUGUCCCAGCAUUCUAAUGCACAUAUGAGAUCUAAUAUACAUAUGAAUAAUAUGCAACAUGUGAAUAACUUUCAACAUUCAAAUAAUGUGAAUAUUAUGCAGUCUGUCAGUAGUAUGAAUAUGCAACCAGGAAGUAAUGUUCUGUCCAUGGGCAACAUGCAACAAGCCACAUCCAACGGAGGCAUUAAUGGCAUGACCAUGACAGGCCCUGUUAACCAGAUGUUCUCCAGCGUGAAGAACGAUACAAGUGAAGAAGGUUGCCCCUGCAACAUGAAGGCCAUGAUCAUAUGCAUGAAGUGUGGUGCGUUCUGCCACCACGACUGCAUCGGGCCGGCGAGGCUUUGUGUGGCCUGUCUCAUCCGUUAGUUAUUGCAGGGUGUUCAGCUUUACCUUGAACACUAUUUACCACAACAAUUGUUUGAGCUAUGGUGUGACUUCAGUGAGUUAUGCUGAAACUUUAAAUUGACAUAUUGCAUAGUGUGUCAAGUUUUACUCAGGAAGGUUUCUGGACCACUCACAUAAUUAUUAACAUUACUUAAGUGAUAAAGACAUUCUGUGAAUGCUUAACUAGAAACAGUCAACUGAAAGGAUUUUUUUCUAUUUAAUUCUAAUAUUCUUGGUUAGUUUUAUAUUUGAGUAAAUGGUUCAUUUAUAUUAAAUAAAAUGUUUUUUUUUUUAACAGUUUGGUUACAGACACUGAACGACAUACAUCUUCAGGUAAAUAAUGUUGAGCAAAAAUCUCAUCCCAGAUUUAUUUGUUUUAUUAUGAAAAAAAAAAAUUUGUUGAAAGCUCCUAUUGGAAAUACCCUCCAGAGUGUGUUAUGCUUUGGUAGAGUUUUGAGUCUGCCAAACUUUACUUGGUGAAGUGCUGUGCAGAAUGCCUGCUGUACCAAUGUUUAGCAAUGACAUUCCUCUCCAUCUUAAUUCUAUAUUGGUAAGUUUGUCCAGGGUAUUUUGAAUCAGUAGAGAGAGAUUCCUGUAGUGUCAUGAUGCUGACAUCUUUUAUUUAACAUGUGGUUUGUUUCUGUAGAAAAUGGACUCCUUCCUCAAAGCUGUGUAGCAUAUUACUUUUCCACCUUGAUAGCUCAGGUAGCCUGCAUGUGAACCAGGUGAGAUGCACAUAUAUGCAUUCCAUAGUGACUGAGACAUGGCACUCACAAUCGUUCUUCCACGUCUGUGUUUUACUUCUCACCAUUCCCCGAGGACUCCAGUCGGCUCGGUUAUCCUUUGGAUCUGUUUGGUAGCCAGGUCACAAGUGUUGAACAUUGAUAUUUUACCACUGUAUUGUUUUUGGGAGGGUAAAACCAAGGAUUCUGUAUGUUACUCCUGUGGAGUAUUAGAUCCCCUGUUUCUCAGCUGGUUGCUUGUACUCUUUACCAUGUUGUAAGCAAUAACUCAAGAUUUGAUGAUAUGCAACAUUUUCUUGUUGAGGGCUGCACUCUUGUUUUCAUAAAUCUUAUUCUUUUCAGAAUUAUGAACACGGUUGAAAAAUCACCUUAAAGAUAAGAAUGUUAAUUAUUCAGGUUCAUUACAUAGUUGGAGAAGAUAAGGAUAUAAUUAUUUUAUGUAUAAAGUCGGAAGUUUUAUUUAUUUAAAGGUAGGAGCCAUUAAUGCAUUUUCUCUAAUUAUGUAAAUCAGUUUAAUAUCAAUUCCAAGUAGCCUUGGGCACGUUCAGCUCACGCAAGGAAAAGUGGCCACCGUCACCCUGUUCUCCCUGGGUUACUGUUCAUAAUUGUGAAUACUGCAAACUUCACUUUUGUUUUCUGUCAGAAUAAUGUACAAAUUGUAAAGUAAGGGCUUGUGAGUUUCAAGCGUAGACACUAAUGCUUUGUUGGUAUUUAUGCAUGUAUCAUGUGCUAAAGAUAUUGUGAUUAGUGAUGAAAUAAAGAAACUUUGCA